AUGGCUUUCACCAGGGUGCUACACGUCGCGGCUCUGUUCCUGAUGCAAGGGGAUUUUCCAGGAGCUGGCAGUGAAACCGUAACUCUAAAGGAAGGAGAGGACCUAAUUCUCCACUGCACCUUCAGCGGUGACAACCAUUCUGCCCGGCAGUGGUUAAACCCUCACGGGUUUUCCAUUUUUCUAAACACCCAUCGGGCUUUACGGGAUCGGAGGUACAAACUUAUCCAUUAUUCAAAGGAUGAAUUAUCCAUCCGACUGUAUAACGUAACAGUGCACGAUGGAGGCCUAUAUAAAUGCUUCUACUACAGCACCCCACUGAAAAGCGAGAACACGACUGUUGAGGUAUUAGCUGCUCCUUCUAACCCAGUACUGGAAGUAUCCCAAGACACAGGGAGAAGCAUUACACUGUCUUGCUAUACCCAAGGAUGUAAACCACAGCCCCAGAUCACCUGGCUGUUGGACAACGGGAUAGAGCUCCCUGGUGACACUACGCACAAGUUAGAAGGUGAUGGGAAGAAAUGGGCCACAACCAGCACGCUGACAGUCCUCGCCUACGGGCCCAAUUCAACAGCCAGCUGUGUUGUUCGCCACCAAGCACUAAGAGAAGAGAAGCUGAUGGCAUCGUUCCAGUUUGAGCACCUCCCUGCGAUGGGGACAAAUACAAAUCCUGCAUCAGCUGCACUAAAGGUGGAUACACCGGUAUCUGAGAACGAGCAAUCUACAGCAACCGCAGCAGUGUCAGAUCUGAACAGCAGCACGGCCCCUGCUCCAAGCUACCCACAGCAUACCGGAUCCAACCAACCAGCCGUCCCUUCUGCAGCACUGGAGGAUCCAGUAGUUACCAACUCAGCGUCAACACCAACCCAGCAACACCUCCAACCAGAUUUCACAGCUACUUGGUCCGAAGUCACGCCGUCUGCAGCAGCAAAGGAAGAGUUGACUGGUUCUGGUACGACCUUGCACCACGUUCCUCCAGGGACUGAACCAGCAUUCAAUGGCAACGUCACAGAAGAGGAACUUUCCGGGACAGAAGCCCCACUACCAAGUGAAAACGUAACUGUGAUUUCCAUCAUCACCUUUGAGAAAGAUCUGAAAUCUGAAGGCAUCGAAAAUAAGGAGAAAAGCCUCUUGCUGCCGAUCUUGGUGGCUGCUCUGAUUUUUGUGCUGCUGAUCAUUGUCCUGCUUUUUAUGAGGAAGCUGAAAAAAGCUCAUGGAGUGUGGAAAAGAGAAAAUGAUGUUUCGGAGCAGACGCUGGAGAGUUAUAAAUCCAAGUCUAAUGAAGACAGCCCAGGCCACAAGAAUGGACAUGUUGUCAAUCAGAAGUCCAACAUGCAAUAUGUAACAGAAGAAUAUGUGGACACAAUGCAGAAGAAUCCAAGAGCCAAAAACAUUGCAAGAAGUGAGAAACUGUUUGGAUGUGGAAAAGAAACAGAUGUAUAG